AUGGACUCCAUCGCGCGCGCCGACGACGGACCGACGCGUCGACGUCGCGACGCGCCGUCGACGGACGCGACGGAAGAUUACAUGACGCGCGCGCGGCGUCUCCAGAGCGCGGGCGUGGACGAGCGCGGGCUCGAGGUCCUGCGAGGGGUGUACGAGCUCGAGCGACGCCCAGACGCGGCGACGCGGCGACGGUUGGCGCGGCAGAUCGGGGCGAGGGAAGAGGCGGUGAACGCGUGGUUUCGAAGUCGGCGGGCGGAGGGGAAGCGGCGGCGGGCGCGACGGGCGUUGUGCGUCGUCGCGCUCUUGGUGCUCGCGGCUGGGGGGGUGUUUUUGGCGAUACACGUGGCGAGGCAGACGGCGUUUGCGCGUCGACGGAUGCAGACGCUUGGACGGCGGUAUAAGUGGCUCACGAGGAGUGGGUUGCCGAGACCGUACGCGAGCGGGAGAAAUCGAGCCGUGGCGCGGAAACCGUUGACGUACGAACGGGAGCGCGUGAUCAACGCCGCGGGGAAGGAGGAGGUGCGACAGGUUAUUUAUACCAAGGAUAAUCCAAAGGCGUCGCCGAUCACGCGGACGACCGAGGAGACGCCGAGACAAAAACUGGAACGGUUGCGUUACGACGCCGCCAAGCGGAGCAACAAGGGGAGGAUCAAGGCGCAGCCGCAACCGAAUCGCGUGCGUCAGUCGAACACGUAG